UUCUGUAGCGACUGUCCGCCGCAACCGCGCUCCACUCGACCACGCGUACGCACACUCGAAGAAAACAAAACAAAAAAUAUUUUACAGUUAGCCGAAAAUCUUCAAAAAAUCAACUAUGAAUAACCCCGCUUUGUUCGAGCAAAAUAACUUCAUCUCGAAGAGGGAUGCACUCAACCUUUUAAAUGACAUUUACCCUAAACUAAAGUGGAAGAAGAGUAUCAGCAACGUUCUGGACAUUGGAUGUGGAGAUGGAAGUGUCACCAGCAUGCUGAAGAAGUACAUCCCUACUGACUUCAAGCUGCUCGGCUGUGACAUCAGUGAGAAGAUGGUGAACUUCGCCAAUGACCACCAUUCCAAUGAACAAACCUCGUUCACAGUGCUGGACAUCGCAGGAGAUAUUCCCGAAGACAUGAAGGAACAAUUCGACCAUGUUUUCUCCUCCUACGCCUUGCACUGGAUCUUGGAUCAAGAGCGCGUAUUCAGAAAUAUUUAUGAUUUGCUGAGUGAAGAUGGAGAAUGCUUCACAAUAAUCCUCGCAAACGCACCCGUGUUCGACUUGUAUCGCAUCCAAUCGCGUAACACCAAAUGGCGCACUCUGCUUAAAGAUGCCGAGAAAUACAUAUCGCCAUACCACGACUCACAGGACCCAGAGCAAGAAAUGAGAAAAAUAUUGGAAAAAGUGGGAUACGUGGAUUACAAGGUGGAAUGCAAAAAUUUGUCGUAUAUUUUCAACAACUUCGGCAGUUUUUGGAAAAUCCUUCAAGCAAUCACCCCAUUCAACAUUCCGAAGGAUAUGGAAGAAGAUCUAAAGCAAGAUUACUUCAAUAUUUUAAAAGAUAUUAAUAUUGUGUCCAAGUAUAAUACCGAUGAGGCAAGCUUUAACUAUAAAUAUCGGUUGCUAGUCGUACACGCUCGCAAGCCGGCCUCAGAAUUUUAAGGACAACAAAUCAACAGAUAAUGGUUUUGAAACAGAUUAUAUUGUAAAUACAUUUGUUUUAGAUAGUAAUUAGUUAAGUAUUUUUAUAAUGUUUAGUUUUAAGAUGUAGGGGUUAAGGCAAUAUUCGAUAUGAGUUUGAGAUUGCUUCUUGUUAGAUACUGUUCAGGGAAUAAACUGGUCAUGAUCACAUACUUACAAACCUAUUUGCGAUGUUGGACCUACUGUAUUUGCGAUUUUUUUGUUCCCU